ACCAAGGACAGGACAGGGGGAAUGAGUGAGUAGUACGAGGAUUAGAGUAGAGAAAAGUAGAGUCUGAGUAGAGUGGACAUCUUUGGUAUUGAAAGGAGUUUUGACUCUUUGUCUUGUCUACCAGGACUCCGCGGAUCAUGGCGCUAGACAAAUACGUCAAACAGGUGACGUUAAUGUUGCACACGGCACGCCAGAAUGUGAACUGUUGACCUUUGGCCAGUUGAAGCUGAACCAUGGCGGACACUGCAGGGAAGCCCAUCUCGUGCCGCGCUGCGGUUGCCUGGGAGGCGAAGAAGCCGCUGGUGAUCGAGACGAUCGAAGUCGCUCCUCCGAAGGCUCACGAGGUCCGCAUCAAGGUGCUGGCUACAGGAGUGUGCCACACGGAUGCCUACACGCUGUCGGGGGCGGACUCGGAGGGGAAGUUCCCGGUGGUGCUGGGCCAUGAGGGGGGCGGGGUGGUGGAGAGUGUGGGGGAAGGCGUGACCGGGUUCCAGCCAGGCGACCAUGUCAUCCCCCUCUACAUCCCGCAGUGCAGGGACUGCAAGUUCUGCAGGAGCCCCAAAACUAACCUCUGCCAGAAAAUCAGGUGAGAACCGACCUACCUGUGU